CGGAACUUCAUUUGUAAACAAAAACGGACAAUCACUACCUUUAACUUCUGAGCCAAAAUAGCGAAACAUUGUCAUAUCUAAUUAAACACAGCUUGUUGAAGGCUCCAGAUGUGCAGCAGUGUUUGAUGCAAGUGCCAAGUCUUUACUGUAAGGAGACAUAUUUGGUUGUUGUUGGCCCACGGACAGAACUGCAGCCAACAUGUCAAGGAAACAGACUCAGAAACCUGUGCGAAGCAACAAAAAGAGCGAACUGGAACGAAAGAGAGAUGAACGAGCGACAAGACGGGCCAUUGCAAAGGACCGCAAGAACCGCCCCCAGGAGUGUGAUGAGGGAGCAGAGUUUGUUAGUUUCUCCAAUCAGCUUCAGGCACUCGGACUCAAGCUGAGAGAAGUCCCCGGAGAUGGGAACUGCCUGUUCAGAGCUUUAGGCGACCAGUUAGAGGGUCACUCCCGGGGUCACCUGCGACUUAGACAGGAGACUGUCCAGUAUAUGAUGUCCCAUCGACAGGACUUUGAACCUUUUGUGGAGGAUGAUGUUCCCUUUGCACAGCACUUGUCCAACCUCUCCCAGCCCGGUACAUUUGCUGGCAAUGAUGCUAUUGUUGCCUUUGCUCGCAGUCAACAGGUGAAAGUGGUCAUCCAUCAGCUCAACACGCCACUGUGGGAGAUAAACGGUGCAGAGAAGCAGGUGUGCAGAGAGCUACACAUCGCCUACCGUUAUGGAGAUCAUUAUGACAGUGUGAGGCGGAUCGGGGACAACUCUGAGAGUCCUGCACAGCUCCGCAUAGAAAAUCUGCAGAACUCACGAGGACAACAGCGUGAGUUUGGUGACGGUCAGAGGGACAGACAGAAAAAUCCGUCUCAAACAGCCUCAGAGGAGGACAAUGUGAUCCUGAGCUCCAUCAAGAAUCGAGGAAUCCAGGGCGAUGAGGAGAACCUGCUCCAGCUGAGCGCAGCAACCAUCAAUGCUGAGUGGCUUGUUGGCUCCAUGCUGGGUCAGUCCUGCCAGGGCCAGUGUGACUCAGGAUCCUGUGCAGCCUGCAGAGCUGCAGCUGCAGACUGCAGUGAACAAAAACAGUCUGCAGAGGGCAGCAAUGUACAAAAACCAAAGGUUUCUAACAAGCAGAGGAAAGAGCAGCAGAGGCAAGAAAAGAAGAAGCGUCAGGAGGAGAGGCAUCGACAGAAGUUCCUUCAGAGUAAAGGCAGUCAGGACCAGAACCAGAACCUUCCAGAUACUGUUACUUUAGUACCAGCUCUCAACACUCUCAGUAUAUAAACUGGAGCAUGGCCAAAACAACCUUCUGCUACAGCUCCUAGUGGCUGAUGCUGUCCACAAAGUUUUGCACAUAGUCAGAAUCAAUUCAGUCACAGUAGAUGACUUCUCUUCAAGACAACCCUAUAGUUUCUUCGCAAACAGUAUAACGGUGCCUGCAAACGUGUGUUUGUGUGUGUGUGUGUGAGUGUGUGAGAGUUGUAAAAGAGAGAGUGGCAGCAUGACUUUAGUGUUUUUGUGGGGUUGUGGCUGAGCUCAGCCCCUGGUUGGUGGUGGUAAUAGUAGAAACUCCUCACAUCUGGUCUAUCCACCAUGUUGCCCACCCCCUUUCUACGCAGGACAACUGGCUUUUCAUGAUAAUCAUGCAGAUCCUCUCAAGCAGCUGGGCUUUUUGAUUUGCCACAGAUCGAGUUUGUGUUCAUUCAGAUGUUCAGAUCAUUCUGUUGUUCGAUCUGACCAAAAAACAAAGCGGUGGAAGAGUGACAGAUGAAUGAUUGUUAUGCACACUGUGUACGGAAUGUGGCAAUAAAUCAUAUUAAUAAAU